UGUGGGACGUUUAAAGAGUUUGAUAAACGUAGAAAACAAACACUCUGUCUCUUUUAGUGGGUUUGUAACCGACUAUAGUCUUAAACCUAAAGAAGUCAAAUAAGCCACCAAUACUGCUUCUUCCUUACCUUGUACAGAGAGGUGAGUGAGCUUUACAUUGACAGCUCGAAAUUAAGGAAGCCAGAUUCUUGCCAUGGCAAUGUACAUCCGUGUGAAGCGCAUGAAAGCCACUUACUUUAUACAAUGCGAUCCGACAGAGACUGUUUUGGAUGUUAAGCAGAAACUGUUCACCCUCAUUGAGCAACCAGUUAGCAACCAGCGUCUGGUCUUAAUGUCUACUGAAGAAGUAUUAGUGGAUUCGAAAUCUCUGGCGGAGCAGAAGGUUGAGAAUGAUGCAGUUGUGGCUCUGACUUUGAGGAAAGAUGACAACGAGUUUGAGGAUGUCGACAUUCCACAGCUUGCAGACUUGUCAAUCUCCUGAAGAAGAUUCUAAACUGGCUGGUAUCAGGAGAACCUUUGCUUCAACAGGAGAAGAGUAUAUUUAUUCAAAACGCGAGUAGCCUAUAAACGCAUUAUUAAGUUGUUUUCAUUAUCUCUGCAAUGUGUCAACAAAUGCCUCUUUAGUUGUUACAGAAAGUUGGUUGUAAUUAAAGAUAUUGAGAUGUGUGGAAGUGCAACUUGCAAGAAUACUAGUUGUCGGUGA